AUGUCUACCCCAACUGCUGCUACCGUGCUGUAUGCUCUCACCGUCUCCAGUGCCCCAGCGCGACCUGGACCUGAAGAUGUAUUGGAAAAGACUCAUCAUACAAAGUCUGGCUUUAGGAACCCAUGGGACUCUCGACGAUUGAAAGGCGAGGCGAACUCACCCGACAUGACACCUCCGGCUUCCCGCAAGCCCGAAUUCCUUCCUACUCGAGAAACACAAAAGCUUCGCGCCACAUGGCUUGGACAUGCUUGCUACUAUGUUGAGUUCCCAGGGGGGCUCCGAGUGCUGUUCGACCCGGUGUUUGAUGCUCGCUGUGGGCCAUACUCUUUUGGCCCGAAGCGCUUUACCGAGCCUCCAUGCAAGAUCGAGGAUAUUCCCGUCAUCGAUGCGGUCGUCAUCUCUCACAAUCAUUAUGAUCACUUGUCUCACCCUACCGUCAGUAAGAUCGCCAAGCAACACCCCAAUUGCCAUUUUUUCGCGCCUCUUGGAAAUAAAUCAUGGUUCCAUGACUCCAACAUAUAUAAUGUAACAGAGUUGGAUUGGUGGGAUGAGCGAGAUAUUGCGUUGUCACCAGCGGAGGGAAAGGGCGCGGAGGUCGAGCUGAUUGGAAAUGCUUCAACGGGGGCAGAUAUCAAGGCGCGUAUAAGUUGCAUGCCGUGUCAACACAUUACGGCUCGUGGUCCAUUCGACAAAUGCAAAACGCUCUGGGCCUCAUGGGCUAUUGAAUCCGGUGGUAGCAAGCUGUACUUUGCUGGGUUAGUCAAGUAUCCAAACAGGGCAGGCAGGAUCACGUGGCCAUUGGCUAACCCUUAUUCCAGAGAUUCCGGCUACCGCUCCGUGGACGAAGUACCCAAAGGAGAAGAUGAUUGGGAUCCAAAAUAUAAUUUUCCAAUCUGUCCUGCGUUUAAGCAGGUUGGUGAAUUCCGAGGACCAUUCGAUCUAGGACUCAUUCCCAUUGGAGCCUACGCUCCUCGUCAUAUCUUUAGCCCGGCGCAUGCUGAUCCUCAUGAUGCUGUGCGAAUGUUCCAGGAUACUAAAUGCAAGAAUGCCUUGGCUAUGCAUUGGGGGACGUGGGUUCUCACCGAGGAAGACGUCCUCGAGCCCCCAAGGAAAUUGAAGGAGGCCCUAAAGCGUCACAGUAUUCCUGAAAGUGGUGUCUUCGAUGCAUGUGAAAUUGGAGAGAGUCGAGAAUAUUGA